GCGCGGCGUGGCUGCAGCCAGGGUAGCUGGGGCGCGGAGAGCGCUCCACUCGGGCACAGGGAGGACCGGAAGAUGCCGCGAGGGGCGUCUUUAGGCAGAUCCUGGCCAUGAGAGCUCCGCACCUCCACCUCUCCGCCGCCUCUGGCGCCCGGGCUCUGGCGAAGCUGCUGCCGCUGCUGAUGGCGCAACUCUGGGCCGCAGAGGCGGCGCUGCUCCCCCAAAACGACACGCGCUUGGACCCCGAAGCCUAUGGCGCCCCGUGCGCGCGCGGCUCGCAGCCCUGGCAGGUCUCGCUCUUCAACGGCCUCUCGUUCCACUGCGCGGGUGUCCUGGUGGACCAGAGUUGGGUGCUGACGGCCGCGCACUGCGGAAACAAGCCACUGUGGGCUCGAGUAGGGGAUGACCACCUGCUGCUUCUUCAGGGCGAGCAGCUCCGCCGGACCACUCGCUCUGUUGUCCAUCCCAAGUACCACCAGGGCUCAGGCCCCAUCCUGCCAAGGCGAACGGAUGAGCACGAUCUCAUGUUGCUGAAGCUGGCCAGGCCCGUAGUGCUGGGGCCCCGCGUCCGGGCCCUGCAGCUUCCCUACCGCUGUGCUCAGCCCGGAGACCAGUGCCAGGUUGCCGGCUGGGGCACCACGGCCGCCCGGAGAGUGAAGUACAACAAGGGCCUGACCUGCUCCAGCGUCACUAUCCUGAGCCCUAAAGAGUGUGAGGUCUUCUACCCUGGUGUGGUCACCAACAACAUGAUAUGUGCUGGACUGGACCGGGGCCAGGACCCUUGCCAGAGUGACUCUGGAGGCCCCCUGGUCUGUGACGAGACCCUCCAAGGCAUCCUCUCGUGGGGUGUUUACCCCUGUGGCUCUGCCCAGCAUCCAGCUGUCUACACCCAGAUCUGCAAAUACAUGUCCUGGAUCAAUAAAGUCAUACGCUCCAACUGAUCCAGAUGCUACGCUCCAGCUGAUCCAGAUGUUAUGCUCCUGCUGAUCCAGAUGCCCAGAGGCUCCAUCGUCCAUCCUCUUCCUCCCCAGUCAGCUGAGCUCUCCCCUUGUCUGCACUGUUCAAACCUCUGCCGCUGUCCACACCUCUAAACAUCUCCCCUCUCACCUCAUUCCCCCACCUAUCCCCAUUGUCUGCCUGUACUGAAGCUGAAAUGCAGGAAGUGGUGGCAAAGGUUUAUUCCAGAGAAGCGAGGAAGCCGGUCAUCGCCCAGCCUCUGAGAGCAGUUACUGGGGUCACCCAACCUGACUUCCUCUGCCACUCCCCGCUGUGUGACUUUGGGCAAGCCAAGUGCCCUCUCUGAACCUGUUUCCUCAUCUGCAAAAUGGGAACAAUGACGUGCCUACCUCUUAGACAUGUUGUGAGGAGACUAUGAUAUAACAUGUGUAUGUAAAUCUUCA